CAACUACACCACAUUCUCUCACGAUUUCAACUUCACCUUUCGUCGCCAACAGCCUCCCACCAAGUUUCGUCAAGCACCAAGCCAGUUUCCAAGGUCACUGAACAACAUGAACGCCAUGGCAAGGACGUCCAUUGCACUUGCACUGCUGCUCUGCGCAGCUACCAUCAUCUCAGCACAGCCAGGUGGCGGCAAUGGCCCCUUUGGCAACCGCAACAAUGGAGGCGGCAGCAGCAGUGGAUCUAGCAGCAGUGGCAGCAGCAGCAGCAGUGGCAGCAGCAGCAGCAGUGGCAGCAGCAGCAGCAGCAGCAGCAGCAGCGGCCAGCAGCAGUGCAACACCGGCUGCUGCAACCUGGGCAACACCGUGUUCAAGGGCGCCUGCGCUGACUUUGCCAACUUCUUCAAGAGCGAUGCUGACACCGCCAUCAAGGAGGAUGACACCACCUUCCAGGCUCGCGUCGACCGCGCACCCAGGCCCAGCGACAGGUGCUGCAUCGAUGGCCGCUCCUUCACCCAGUAUGGCUGCUCUUGCAACCAGUCCCUCAAGGACGCCUCUGCCCCCCAGGGCUUCUCUGCCAACGCAAUCUCAGUCAUCGGCCGUGCUGUCCAGAAGUCCAUCUGCGCUGAUAGCUCGCGCGGAGGCUCCAUCGGCUCUGGAGGCGAAUUUCUUCAAGGCAGAUGCUGACACAGCCGUCAGCGAGAGUGACAGUGAUUUCCAGGCGCGCGUGAAUAGGGCACCCACCCCAAGCAGCAGGUGCUGCGUUGAUGCCCGAGCUUACACCCAAUACAGCUGCUCUUGCAACUCUGACCUCGUCAAUGCAGCAUCAGGACGCGGCAUCUCUUCCAACGCCGUCAAAGUUGUGGGGAGGGCGACUCGCUUCUCCAUCUGCAGCAACAGCCAGAACGGGGGGUCUCUUCAGGGCGGCUGCUGAACAGAACAGAGUCCCCCCGAUGGCAGCCCAAAAAAUGGGCAGCUGUGGCCAGAAGCCACCUUCAGACACCUGGCAGACACUGUCUGAUUAAACACCAAAUAUUGGGUCAAUUGCGGGGAGUAGGGAAUAGGAUUUCCUGCUUACCUGACUGACACACCGACUGGUCAAACAGUACCGCGCAUGCCAUGCAGGCCAUGUGCUGGCCUGCAGUGGAGCAUGCCAGUCAGCUAGAAAUAACCAUCAUUCUUUCAGACAUUUUUGGGGUGGGAUGCGCGCUGGAUUGGAGCCUGCCCCUCCCUUGAAAAUUCCGCUGGUGGCCAUGCAUGCACUACCUCGAAUCUCCUCAGUUUUUGCCGUCCGGACUGACAAGCAUUUGAUGAAUACCUGGUCCUGCAUUCAUUAAUAGGAUGUUCCCCUUUUGAAAAGGUGUGUGUGUGGGGCAGAGGGCUUCUGUUAUCUGGCAAUUGCUUGAUGCGAUGUCAUGGUGAAUGUCAUUUUCUGCAAGACAUGGGGCAUUCCCGGUUGCAGUGACCAACAGUUGCACUGCAGAUGCAGAGUAUGAAGCUCUUCACACUAGUGACCUUUGCAGAAGGAGCUUGUUUUAGCUGUGUGCAGAACAUUUACAGUUGAGUUGGUGCUUGUUGCAGAGACUUGGGAAGCUCAGUGGGAAAAGUGUACAGCGCGUUUUGUUGGGUCUAUUCUGUUUGAGUGUGCCAUGAUUGGUGCAUCCAGUGUGACGAUGCUUGGGUUCAAUUUUGCACAGAAAGGUGGUCUACUCUGACCUAUAUUCAUAGUUGCACGACACGGCUGGUCAAAAUUUGGACACGCGUUUGCGAACGUUCGCGACACCGCGACACCGCGACACGCGUGUCCAGACCUGAGGACGUUAGUAACCAUGCAAUCGGGUGAUGACUACAGGUUACUAAGGCUGACGGAACCUCAAAAAGCUGUUUCCGGACCCGACAACGCAUCAAAACACAUCGGAAUUGUCGCUAAACACAUUUACAAGCAUGUUAUAUGUGUUUGGGGUGUUGUUGGGUCAUUUUCCGGCGUCCAAGCGGCCAAAAACGGUCAGAAACGGUCAAACGUAACCCUUACAUAACCCGGUGUCGGAGCGGUGUCGGAAAUAGCCAAAAUCUCGACACGCGUUUGCGAACGUUCGCGACACUGCGACACCUGACACGCGUGUCAGGUGUCGUGCAACUAUGCCUAUAUUUCUGUAAUCACAUGGUGGAU